CAUUGGCGGAGGCGGCGCCUAGGGCGGAGCACGGAGGCGGGGUCGGGGGCGAGCGACAGGAACUUUCUUCGCCCUGGGCUCUGCAGUCAGAGGCCGUGUUGACAGGCAUGGAGCAGCACCACCUGUGGGCCACCCCCGUGCGUCAGAUGGAGGCGUGCUUGCAAAGUGCUUCGCGACCUGCGAUGCAGCAAGCGUCAGGACUCAGCUCGUUGCCACCACCUCCAGGUGACAACCCUGGCGGUGGUGUACACAGCAAGUUGGCCGGCGCAGGGGUGGCGCUGGAGAUGAAGCCGCUGUGGGACGAGUUCAAUGAACUCGGCACCGAAAUGAUCGUCACCAAGGCAGGAAGACGAAUGUUCCCCACGUUUCAAGUUCGAAUUUACGGCCUUGACCCAAACGCGGACUACAUGCUGAUGAUGGACUUUGUCCCAGUAGACGACAAAAGAUACAGAUAUGCGUUCCAUUCUUCGUCUUGGGUGGUUGCGGGGAAAGCAGACCCCGUUUCGCCGCCGAGACUGCAUCUGCAUCCAGACUCCCCCGCCAAAGGGGCGCACUGGAUGAAGCAGACCAUUUCUUUCGACAAACUCAAGCUCACCAACAAUCAACUUGACGACAAUGGCCAUAUAAUCCUUAAUUCAAUGCACCGCUAUCAACCUCGAUGUCACAUAGUCCUCUUAACCGAAGGUUUGCCCCCCGAGCCCGCGGAAACCUUCCGAACGUUUAUUUUCCAGGAAACAAGAUUCACUGCAGUGACUGCUUAUCAGAAUCACAGAAUAACACAGUUGAAAAUUGCUAGCAACCCUUUCGCUAAAGGAUUCCGUGACUGUGAUCCAGAAGACUGCGGUGGCGAGGUCGUGACCCCGAGCGGACAUCUGCCCAGAUCGAAGAGUUUAACGCAAAAGGCAGAGGGCGAAUCUGCACCGUCUCAACCGCCUCCGCCAAUGUACGCGGCCUCUGGGAUCUCGGAAGCCUGCGGCGGGCCUCUUUUCAGCAGCGGCCACAAGGCCCGAAGUCCUCCGUCUCCUUACUCGCGGCCGUUCCCUUCUCCGCCGCCCGCCUCCUUUCCUUUGCCGCCCCCACACCCCCUUCCGUUUCACCCCUAUCCCCGUCCCUUUGAAUUUCCUCCGAGGUGAGAAAUUGCAAUUCAUAUCCUUUGAAAAAAAAAUCAACCAAAGAGCUUUUUCUCAACUUAAAAUUAAAAAAAAUGUAUGAAUCAAAAUGAUAAAAAUGCUGCCUCUCCGAUGUACAUUGCAUAAUUGUCGAUAUUUAUAUGAAGAAAAAAAUUAAUAAAAAAUAUAAUAUUAUUUACCACGAUUAUUUACUAAAAUAAAACUUGAAUCAUUUCAGUAUACACAAAAUAUAAAAUUUAAUUUUGGCCCUGUUCGUCUGGGGUGUGUCUCUUGAGCUUGAUGUAGCCGCGCGGCAGCAGAGACUCUUUCGCAUUAGAGGCCGACGUGUCUCUCAGCACCUGAGGCUAAAUUUACGCGCCGCGGGCACAGGACUCUUCUUCGCGCAACCCUUCCUCUUUCUCGUACGAAAUGUGCUUUGCAUGCCCUCCAAUACGCUUUCACACUUUAUAGCCCUUCUG